ACGCGGGACGCCCCCGCCCUGAGGCUGAGAUGCCAGUAAGUGUGAGAAGCAGCGGAAGCCAUUGAUUUCAUCAGUAGCAGCAGCAGGAGGAGCUGGACCUGAUAAUAGCACUGGAUGUGGUAGAAGGAGCAGCAGUAGCAGCAGCAGCUGAGGCAGACGCUCCUGCUUCAGAUUGUGGGAGACGUGACAGACCUCCUGUCACCCUGAAAACAGCAAGAGAAUUCGCCAGGCUGUGCUUCUGCUGCUAACUGGGGCACGCACCGCUAGUCUUCCCCCGGUGUCUCAUAUUCCUUGUUUCCGUUCCGUUAACGGCUCCUUUAUAAACGACUCUUUUCGAGACGCCUUCUAUCGAGACGAGUCCUUUCGAGACGACUCAGCAAAGUCGCCUGUGAAUCCACGUGGCACGUCAUGGCGAGUCGUGCGUGCGCUAUUGCUGUCGCACGGCGAUGCUUUCGCGAAAUUGAACGAACGCUGCGACAAGCAGCUGGUUUAACUCCGCCAGUUACUGUAGGCGCAUCCGGUCAGACUACUGCUGAAAUCGGACACUGGAGAAGCAUCGUGCGAAGCUUCAUGAGCUCGCCACGUCAGCAGCAGGAGCCCAAACUGUCGUCAGCUGCUACGCCAGCCUCCACGACACCCUCCACGUCAGCCUUCACGUCAGCUUCCACCUCCUCCUCGUCAUCAUCAUUAGCACCAGCACCAGCACCAGCAGCGGCAGCGGCAGUGGCAGUGGAAGUAAGCCACGAGUUCCCAGGAGCGCGAAUGGCAUUCACCUCGGAGCUCCACUUCGUGCCUGAGCUGCCAGAGUCGCCUGUGCCGUGCUUCCGAGUGCUGGACCACGAGGGGGGGCUGCUGGAAGGAGCAGAAGAACCAGAGCUCACCCAGUCCGAAGCGCAGCGCAUGUACCAGGCCAUGGUGGAGCUCCAAGCCAUGGACUCGGUGUUCUACGAGGCGCAGCGGCAGGGCCGCUUCUCCUUCUACAUGACGACAGCGGGGGAGGAGGCCGUCAACAUAGCGUCUGCGGCUGCCAUCCACGCCCACGACCACGUGUUCGCACAGUACCGCGAGCCAGGGGUGCUGCUCUGGCGCGGUUUCUCCCUCCCGGACUUCGCCAACCAGUGCAUGGGCAACCAGCUGGACGCAGGCAAGGGCCGCCAGAUGCCAGUUCACUACGGGUCAGCAGAGCUGCUGUUUCACACCAUCUCCUCGCCGCUAGCCACGCAGAUUCCCCAUGCAGUGGGAGCAGCCUAUGGCUUGAAGAUGGCCGGUGAGGGAUGCUGCUCCGUGGCUUACUUUGGGGAGGGCGCCGCCAGUGAGGGUGACUUCCACGCUGCUCUCAACUUCGCUGCUGUCUUGGAGGCCCCUGUACUCUUUAUAUGCCGCAACAACGGAUGGGCUAUAAGCACUCCGGCCAAGGAACAGUACAGAGGUGACGGCAUAGCAGGACGAGGGGCGGCGUACGGCGUCUCUAGUGUGCGGGUGGAUGGCAACGAUGUGCUGGCGGUGCUGCGAGUGGUGAAGGAGGCGAGGGAGAGAGUGGUGGAGACUGGGAAACCCAUCCUUGUAGAGGCCAUGACGUACCGCACGGGCCAUCACAGCACGUCAGACGACUCCUCUCGGUACCGCGGGGCGAGUGAGAUGGCGCACUGGCGCACUCAGAGGGACCCAGUAGCCCGGUUCAGGAGGUGGCUGGAGAGGAAGGGGUGGUGGGACGAGGAGAGGGAGAAGGAGGCGAGGGAGGCGGCAAGGAACGAGGUGAUUGCUGCGCUGGAAGAUGCUGAGAAGCUUCCCAAGCCGCCUCUGUCGGACCUAGUGAGUGACGUGUACGAUGACAUUCCAGCCCACUUGCAGCAGCAGGAGAAGGAGGUGCGGGAGGCUGUCUUAAGGAAUCCACAGGCGUAUCCCAGUGAUGUACCACUAUAGACAUACUGGGGUUUUUGUACUGUAGUGUCAUUAUGUCGCCUCGCCUCUGUCGGACCUAGUGAGUGACGUGUACGACGAUAUUCCAGCCCACUUGCAGCAGCAGGAGAGGAGGUGCGCAACGCAGCCUUGAGGAACCCCCAAGCGUACCCAAGCGAGGUGCCAUUGUAGGUAUCGGGGACUUGUACAGUGCUACAGCUGUUACGCCACUUGUAUAGGAAACCGAGAGAGGCGUCUAUGGCGAUAUUCCGAUCCACCUACAGCAGCAGAAGAGGGAGGUAUGCGAGGCAGUCUUGAGAAGCCCCAAGGCGUACGCGAGUGAUGUGACUUGGUGUAUUAAUUUGGGGGGUUGCAGAGUCGUCAAGUCAGGCCCGUUGAAUGUAGCGAGCGGCGUUGUGUACAGGAAUAGGUGAGGGGUGAGCAAGAGCACGGGGAGGGUAGGAUCCAGAGGGGGAAUAACAUAUUUUUGCCAUUGCUUUCUUGAACUGACCGACUCUCUAGGCUUGUAUAUUUGUAUUGUAUGUAACUGAUUUUCCUUCCAGUCUGCAUUGUGCCUUGCAAGCAAUGCUGUAU